AUGAAGAGACUUUCCAGCUCCGAUUCUUUAGGUGCUCUCAUCACAAUCUGUCCACAAACAGAGGAACAUAGUCCGAGGAACAACAACAGCAACAACAACAACGUGUAUGGAAGGGAAUUUCAGUCGAUGUUGGAAGGACUUGAGGAAGAAGGAUGUGUUGAAGAAGUAGGACAGAAGAAACGAAGACUGAGUGUGGAUCAAGUGAAGGCUUUGGAGAAGAAUUUUGAAGUUGAAAACAAGCUUGAACCAGAUAGGAAAGUGAAGCUUGCUCAAGAACUUGGUUUGCAACCAAGACAAGUUGCGGUUUGGUUUCAAAACCGUCGUGCUAGAUGGAAAACCAAACAAUUGGAAAGAGAUUAUGGAGUUCUUAAAGCUAGUUUUGAUUCACUUAAGGUUAAUUACGAGUCACUUCAACGUGAUAAUGAAACCUUACUCAAAGAGGUUAAGGAAUUGAAAUCAAGAUUACAAUUGGAAGAAGAAAACACAACAACAGAAAGUGAUGUUUGUGUAAAAGAAGAGUUGAUAACAUUGCAAGACACCGAAAACAUUGCUUCCGAUGAACCCGCCAUUCUUAGAUCCGAUUCUAAGGACAUCAAUUACGACUGUUACAAAAACAGUGAUGUAGUAGCUUCUCUGUUACCUAUGGAUUUGAAAGACGGUUCUUCAGAUAGCGACUCAAGCGCAAUUUUGAACGAAGAAAACAAUAACAGUCCCAAAGCUGCGAUUUCUUCAUCCGGGGUUCUUCAAAAUCAAAGCUUUUUGAUGUCUAAUGGAUCCUCUUCGUUGAAGUUGGAUGGUUCUUCGUCUUCUUCGCCAUCUUCGAUGAGUAAUUGUUUUCAGUUUCAGAAUGAGUAUCAGACACAGUAUGUGAAAAUGGAAGAGCAUAAUUUUCUUAGUGCUGACGAGACUUGUAAUUUCUUUUCCGAUGAACAACCACCGACGCUUCAAUGGUAUUGUUCGGAAGAGUGGAAUUAA